CCCCAACCCGGUCCUCCGAGCUGCUCUUGACUUGGCGGUUUCCACGCGUUUGCCAUGACGGAGAGCACGCUCGCCGAGGGUCGGGCGGCCGCGAUGGCCCUAACCAAUGUGGCGGGGCAGUGUUCACCCUUCCUACAGCUGGCCAUCGAGGCAGGGAAAUUCCCUUUGAGCUCCGUCUACCAGUAUGGCAGUGAUGAUGUGCUGCAUGCAGCCCCAGCGCCCUCAAAGCCCACGCGUGCGGCCCUGGCCGCCGAGCGGCCGAAGCCGCUGCCGCGGGAGGUGCCGCCAUCGGUUGUCUCUUGCGCUGCUGCGAUCCGCCAGGCUGUGAACGUGCCAGGCAUUGGACUUCCCGACAUGCGCGUUGCUCAAGUGCCUGCACGACCAGGAGCGCUUCCGGAACGCCGCGCUGCGCUCCCGAAGACCCGCGCCGGCGGAGGUAGUCGCUGGCUUCGUGCCCCUGAGGGUGUGACAGCGGCCUCGCGCUUGGCCGUCCAACUGCCCGAGGACGAGUUCACGUACAUUGAUAGGCCUUGGCCGCACUUUGUGACACGCUGGGCUGCCAUUGAUGCCACCCUCCAGGAUGCCUUUGGCGAGGCGGGUUUUACCCUUUUGGAUUUGGGCAGCUGCUCCGGAUUCUUCAGCCUUCAGGCCGCUGUGGCAUAUCCCAAUGCGCAGAUUGUGGGCGUGGAGGGCUCUGUAGGCAUCGGGAAUGGCACGCUUGGAGUGGACGGCUCGCAGGAGCAGAUCAUUGAGACGAGGGCCAUUCAGACACACCUGAAAUGGAUCCAACGGUUGCGGAAAGUCAUCUUCCAGAAUGCUGGAAUGAAAAAUCCCAGAAGAGCAGAGGAAUCCAAGGACCGGAGGACCAGGACAAGGGAAUCCAGAAGUGGCAAGUGGCGGAUGUGAUUUUGAUCUCCUCAUUUGUCUCUAAAUCGGAACAGCAGUUUCUCCGGGCCCAGAUGUGCAGAGAGAUGCUUUAAGAGCUGACUGAACACGUUUUUCACCGUAAAGAGUGAAGCGAGAGUUCCUUUAGGAGCACAUGUGGAAUCAUUCGGAUGCAUCAAUGGAUGCCGCUUCAACGAAUUACAUU